GGAUGCUGCUGCUACUGUCACUUCUGCCGCUGCUGCUGUUGUUACAGAUUUUGCUUUUACUCCUUCUACCGCAUGACAAUUGUUUUCCUCGUCUAAGCAGAUACCAGCCUCAGAUGCUCAAGGUGAGAGUCUUGCCUUUCGCUCUGGGCUAUUGGUUCACUUAAUCCGGUGAAUUUGUUCGGUGUUUGUGGUUUUCUUUCUCUCAUCACCCUCCUUCCCUCUGUUUUGUUUUGUUGUGCUUGCUUUUGGGGAGAUGUUUCUUCCCUCCUGCAGAAGAGCUGGAAUUGCUUGAGAGGCAUUUAAGGAAUUAUAAAAGUGGCCAGCAAACAGGAGCCCAUAAUUGCAAAGCUACUCUUGCUUCAGAGGGGCAGAGGGAGCAACAGAGGGCAGGGAGGGACGGGGGGGUGUCUCAUUUUUCCUGUGCGUUACUUCUCUCCCAGUUUGGACGAUGUUGCUGAGCUCAGACCUUUUGUUGGCUCCCACUCUAUGAUUUUUGCAAAGCGCUGUGACUAUUACUAUCAUCUCUUUUUGUCUGUGUCUCACAGUAAUGGACUGUGAUAGAGUUAAGGCCUUUUGGAGGUGAGCUGUUUGAGAGCUGAUGCUUAAACAUGUCUGAAGUAGCUGCCGACACUUUCCCCAGCCCCUCAGCUCAGCUGAGCCCUGACGCGUCCCUUGACGGGCUCCCGGCUGAGGACAACAUGCCGGGGACCCAAAGAGAGGACAGGAGGUUCCAGGGGAUAGCAGGCCUUGCCGCGACCUGCUGUGUGUGCCUGGAGGCAGAGCGACUGAAGGGCUGCCUCAACUCUGAAAAGAUCUGCAUCGCCCCUAUCCUGGCUUGCCUGCUCAGCCUUUGCCUCUGCAUUGCUGGCCUCAAGUGGGUCUUUGUGGACAAGAUUUUUGAGUAUGACUCUCCUACCCACCUUGACCCUGGGAGGAUAGGACAAGACCCAAAGAGCGCUGUGGAUCCUACAGCUCUGUCUGCCUGGGUGCCUUCGGAGGUGUAUGCCUCACCCUUCCCUGUACCUAGCCCCAAGAGCAAGGCUGAAGUGACAGUGCAAAGUGACAGCUCGCUCGUGCCCUCUAAACCGUUCUUCCAGCCUUCUCUCUAUAACCGCAUCCUAGAUGUUGGGUUGUUUUCCUCUGCCGCACCUUCGCUGUCACCACCUGCCCUGGAGCCUACCACAGCAUCUCAGGCGCAAGCAACAGAAACCAAUCUCCAAACUGCUCCAAAACUUUCCACUUCCACAUCUACAACUGGGACAAGUCAUCUCACGAAAUGUGACAUAAAGCAGAAAGCCUUCUGUGUAAAUGGGGGAGAGUGUUACAUGGUUAAAGACCUCCCAAACCCCCCAAGAUACCUGUGCAGGUGCCCAAAUGAAUUUACUGGUGAUCGCUGCCAAAACUACGUAAUGGCCAGCUUCUACAAGCAUCUUGGGAUUGAAUUUAUGGAAGCUGAGGAACUGUACCAGAAACGGGUGCUGACCAUAACUGGCAUUUGCAUUGCUCUUCUAGUAGUUGGCAUCAUGUGUGUUGUGGCCUACUGCAAAACCAAGAAGCAGAGGAAAAAAUUGCACGACCGCCUUCGGCAGAGCUUGCGCUCAGAAAGAAACAAUGUGAUGAACAUGGCCAACGGGCCACACCACCCCAACCCGCCACCGGAUAACGUCCAGCUGGUGAACCAGUACGUUUCAAAAAAUGUAAUCACCAGCGAGCAUGUCAUCGAGCGAGAAACAGAGACCUCAUUUUCUACGAGCCACUACACCUCAACAACACAUCACUCUGUGACAGUCACCCAGACACCCAGCCACAGCUGGAGUAAUGGGCAUACCGAAAGCAUCCUCUCUGAAAGCCACUCAGUGCUCGUCAGCUCCUCCAUGGAGAACAGCAGGCACACCAGCCCAGCGGGGCCCCGGGGCCGCCUCAAUGGCAUUGGCGGGCCACGGGAAGGCAACAACUUCCUCCGGCAUGCGAGAGAGACCCCUGACUCCUACCGAGACUCUCCUCAUAGUGAAAGGUAUGUCUCAGCUAUGACGACACCAGCUCGCAUGUCACCCGUUGAUUUUCACACUCCAACUUCUCCCAAGUCCCCCCCUUCCAAAAUGUCGCCACCAGCUUCCAGCUUGACCAUCUCCAUCCCUUCGGUGGCGGUAAGUCCCUUCAUAGAAGAGGAGCGACCGCUGCUCCUGGUGACCCCACCACGGCUACGUGAGAAGUAUGACCACCACCUUCAGCAGUUCAACUCCUUCCACCACAAUGCUGCCCACGAGAGCAACAGCCUGCCACCAAGUCCUCUGCGGAUAGUGGAGGAUGAAGAGUAUGAGACCACACAGGAGUACGAACCAGCACAGGAGCCUCCAAAGAAACUCACCAACAGCCGGAGGGUCAAAAGAACAAAGCCCAAUGGCCACAUUUCCAGCAGGAUGGAAGUGGACUCUGACAUGAGCUCUGAGAGCAGCAGCUCUGAGACCGAAACCGAAGAUGAAAGAAUAGGUGAGGAUACACCAUUCCUGAGCAUAGCGAACCCCAUGGCAACCAGUCUGGAGCCAGCCGCUGCUUACCGGCUGGCUGAAAACAGGACUAACCCGGUAAAUCGCUUCUCCGCACCAGAUGAGUUGCAAGCAAGGUUGUCCAGUGUGAUAGCUAACCAAGACCCUAUUGCUGUAUAAAACACAUAGAAUCACAUGUAAAACUUUAUUUUAUAUAAUGAAGUAUUCCACCUUUAAAUUAAACAAUUUAUUUUAUUUUAGCAAUUCCGCUGAUAGAAAACAGGAGAGGAAAAGAAACUUUUAUAAAUUAAAUAUACGUAUGUACAAAUGUGUUAUGUGCCAUAUGUAGCAAUUUUUUACAGUAUUUCAAAAAUGGGGAAAGAUAUCAAUGGUGCCUUUAUGUUAUGUUACGUUGAGAGCAAGUUUUGUACAGUUACAAUGAUUGCUGUCCCAUAGUAUUUUGCAAAACCUUCUAGCCCUCAAUUGUCCUGGCUUUUUUGUGCACUGCAUUAUAAUGACUGGAUGUAUGAUUUGCAAGAAUUGCAGAAGUCCCUCUGGUCGCUUGUUGUAGAAUCCCCAGAUCAAGAAGCCCUGUAAUGGCACUCCCACCCUACCCACCUCACCAGAAACACACAAACACAGAGAAAAAAAAAAGGGAAAAAAAAA